UCCUCUUUAUUGCUGCAUCCCGCAGAGAAACCCGUCAGCCUGACCUACCGAUGCCCCUGCAGGUUCUACGAGAGCAACGUGGCCAAAGCCAACAUCAAGCACCUCAAAAUCCUGACCACCCCGAACUGCUCGCUGCAGAUUGUUGCCCGGCUGAAGAACAACAGUAAGCAAGUGUGCCUCGACCCCAAGCUAAAAUGGAUUCAGGAAUAUCUGGAGAAAGCUUUAAACAAGUAAGGCAAGAAACAAUAUGGACUUACAGAUAACGCACCCUGAGCGCUUAAAGGGUAGGACAUUCGGGGCUGGCUUUACCCAUACGGACCAAGUCCUCGGUGAAUUCAGGCAUUCCUCCGAAGAUGGGGUCUGAGUUUACCCAGUGUAUAUUCAAACAGCGGCUUGCAGAAUUUUUUUGUUAUACUUUAUAUUAAGAGAUUUGUCAGGAUUUGGGGCAGGGGGGAUCCUAGCAAGUCAGAAACGGGGGGUCCCUAAAUCAUCCUCUUUCUAAAAGGGCUGUUCUCCCAAGGAAAAGCGUUCCUUGAUUCCUCUCCUGACACCCAAUCCACCAUGAUCUCCAGAUCUUUGCUCAUGGCGUAUCUCUGGAGUUCCUUCUCCUCUUUAUCUGGGACUCUGUGUGCACGGGCCGCUGACAGCUAGCCGAAAUCCCGCCUUUUCUGCCAUUCAGCUUUGCCGAGGCAAGUUCAUUGCUAAGCACCGGCCUUCUCCAUCCCCGCCAGAUGACGUUCAGCCACACCUGGGGAAUGCGCAGGCCUGUUUUACCUCAGCCUGGCUCUCCUGCUGAGAGUCCCACCGCAGCCGGCCUGGCUCCUGAGAAGCCAGGCCAAGCGGCCACAGCUGUGAGUGAGCACAGUGCCAAGACGGCCCCCUCAUUUCUGUGCAGGCAGGGUCUUUUUGCACACUGCUGGGGAAUGAAUCAAGGGAAGGAGGGGAGGGGGGCUCGGAUAAGGGCCUCGUGGGCAGCUAGGCCUCUUGUGCGCACAGAAC